GAAACACAAUGUUGUCGCCUGGCGGUCUUUUCAGUCAAGAUGGUCAGGAUUCAAGUCUGACCUUUUCUGACCAGACUUCUUAAUUUUAGAUGAAUUCGGAUAUUUUUCUGCUCUGAAAAACUGCUAUGGAAGACUCAGAACAGACCGAUGAAGCGGCUGAAAAUAAUGCUAUAGACGAAAUCAUAGUUCAAACGCACGAACAAGGAAGUCGAAGCGAAGCCUUCAGGGACUUGAGACCCAGACGAUCGAGUAUAUUGAAAAAAUCUAAUGAUCGUCCUGUCGCAAAAUCUGUAUCGUUCAGCUCGAUUCCUGGCGAAAAAAAGGUCACAAACGGUACGAAAUAUAGGCUGCUUUCUAGCCUGAAGUACACUUAGUUGAUAUUGGGUUUUGAUUGUUUUUUACCAGUAUUUUUGGAAGCCCAACUUAUUUGUUUUUAUUUCCUAGCUGCUGACUGUCUGCUAUUUAUGCAAGGUGGAAGCGAAUUACAUAAAGUCAGAUCGACAUCAAGGCAGUAUCUUCGGUUUUUCUACCUUGAUCAAGAUCUUGGCGCUUUACGAUGGAGCCCGUCGACAAAGAAACCAGAAAAAGCAAAAAGUAAGCUUAGGGUUUAA